AUGCCAGUCCGUGUUAAUCAGCGGGCAGUGGAGGCCCGGGAACGCAAAGCCGCAGCUGCUGCGGCCAAGGCCGCGGCAGCAGAACAGGAGGCGGAACGAAAAAAAUGGGAGGACAACGACAGACUCGUGUCACGCAAGCUGGACAGGAAGGCUGAAACAUUGCAGAAGGCCGAGGAGCGAUUACAAAGAAAGCAGGAACUGCGGAAGUUAGCCGAGCAGGAGAUGCAGACGCUUGCGGGGAACUACACUAAAAAGAAUCCUAGCUCCACGAAACUGACGCGCGCUGAGAUCCUGAGGCGGCAGCUCAAAGCCGCAGCAAUAGAAAAAGAAUCGGUUACUCCCUCGGACGAUGGCUCUUUGCCAUCCCUGGAACCUAACAUAAACCACCUCAUAAGAGCAGAGACGCUGCAAGCGCAGCUUGAAGGCAAAAAUCUCGUGUCCGCAUCUAGCAUCGAUGACGCGCUGAGCCAGCUGAUGGUCUCGGACGCGCCAGGGGAAGACAGGCACCCCGAGCGACGGAUGAAGGCGGCAUUCCGGGUAUAUGAGGAACAGAUGAUGCCGCGUCUGAAGGUUGAGAACCCGACGUUGAAACGGUCCCAACUCAUGGAACUGCUAUUGAAACAGUGGAAGAAGGCACCGGAGAACCCUUUCAACCAGACCAGCUGA